AUGCCUAGGACUUGCUGAGGAGACGGCCCGAGUCUCCUCUGCUGUGGUAACGCCUAUGAUACCAAUGUUUCUGAAGCUGGUGACUCGUUGGAACCAGAGGUCGGAAUCGUAUAGCAUGCUGACCGAACGGAUUCCCGUCUGGACGCCACGAGCACCUCGUAGUCCCUUAGUGGUCGGGGGCUUCUACAGCAUCGCUCCUAUCCAGGGUUCCAUCAUCUCUUUCCGAGCUCCAUUCAACACUGAAUUUAUGGAUUGUGUUAUAGUGCUCACUGUAGUGGCUCCCUCGCCGCAUAUAAUCUGUUCUUCAGCUUAGGUUUUCCUUCGAGGAGAUGAGUAGUACAUUACAAAUGCCCAGCUCAUUUUACAAUAUGCGCACAUUCACUGAGACCACAUGCACCAGGAGGCAGGGAACCGACCUGACAUCCAGUGACUGCACAAUGCUGCGCAGAGCGAUCAACGAUGAGCGGACUUGCAGACUCCACAAUAGAUGUAUACAUAUUGGGGUCUUUUAGGUCUGGGAAAGUGAAGAGAAGGCGAGGAUUUACAGACUAUUAUCGUCAUGGUCUCAUCAUGUGUUGGACUGGGAUAACAAACUCGAAAGCAGACAUAUGGCGUGGUUCUCUGGGAUGACUCUACGGAUGUCAGGGCCAGGGCUCUCGUAGCACAGAGCAGUGCAGGCUCGAGGAAGGGAAUUACAGAGUUGCAGUGCACGAAAGCAGAGGUUCCCUGUUGCUGUCAGCACUCAAUCAUAGAGCUGUAGGAAGGUAGACGUGGGAGAGGGGGAGUGGCGGGAAGUGAAGGGAGGCCUUCGAGCCUGCCUGAGGCUCACUAUUCUCGCACGAGUCCCACACGUCCCAUGUCACCGCAGCACCGCCAGCAGGACGAAAAAGUGUACAGAAAUGCAGCAGCCCGAAGUCAAGUGUAGACAUCCAAUAUCUAACCAAUCAGACGUUGAUGAGUAGUAAUAGGGACCGUAAUUCAAAAUGGCCGUUCCCGACUUAAUGACUGCAGGCGUCGGCGAUUGUUUGAGUGAAUUCGCAAGUUGACUGCGCUGUUUUCACGCUUGUGCAUUGUUUAGAGUCUAGACCUGCCGUGGGAGGUUAGGGCCGGAGCUAUAGAGCUGGUCAGGGCCUAGGUGGGGCGAGGGUGAAGCUGAUGAGGUGGGGGUUGUGGGGCUGGACUGGGCUCCGACGAUGGCAGUGAGAAGGAAGACAGAAGUUGCUAAAUGAGUAGUAUGCUGGCGGGAAGUAGUCAGUCAACAGGCGGUCAUUGCAAGGGCGGAGGGUCCUCGAAGAUCAUUCUCUCCUCUUCUCUCGCUUUUCUUCUCGCCGCUUGAUGCUCAUAGUCUCAUCUUCAUAAAGAAACGGGUGUUACUGAUUACAGGCGUGUGCAGUGCUGCUCUGGUGCUUUGUUUGUACAAUCAUCGUCAUUACGACGUCGUUAGUAAGUCCUUGAACAAGGCCGGAGAGAUUGCUGUUAUAUCAUCGUCAUUAACUGCCACUUCGUUCUCUCCCUCAUCUCUUUGAUGCUCUUCUAGGGUUUAGCAGCUAGAAUUCGGAGUUUGAGACAGGGAUUUAGUUGGAUUGAGUGGUGGAGUGCACAUACAGAUCUUUGGGAUUUGAGGGGAGGUGGGAGAGUGAAACAGUGGCGGGGAUUGUAUCUGGCGCAAAAGUUUUGUUGAAUGGUCGGGAAUGCGCGAUUUCUGAGGCUUUUGAAUGUCGAAAGAUUUGCAUUUCGGGCUAUUGUUCGGGGCAUGGAAGGUUGUCUGUGCUUGGAUUUGAGAAAGCAGGGCAUUUGAGCUCGGAGAGCUGGAGACCUCGAUGGUCACAAGGAAAAAGUGUGAGGCUUUGUUGGCUUGGCAAGGCGCGUUUCAAGCCAUGGAUGAUGUAUGAAGGAUGUGAUUGUGGAGCGAGUGGGUCUUUGAUUUCUCAACAAGGGGCUGUUUUCUCCAAGGCGAGGCUGGGUUUAUUUACAACGACAGUUUUUAUUGUUGAAGUUCUUAUUUUACUUCUAUUUUUUAUUCCUUUAUUGGAAGAGAGACAAGUUUUUAUUUUCCCUGCCCUUAUCGAUUACUGCAAGGUUUCGUAUAACGCAAUCUGCCGUUGCUCAUGGUACGGGCUCGUGUGACGUGAGCUUUAAAUUUGAGACGAUGUAUCAAAACAAGAAGUUUUCUACAACCAGCUUAAUGCCCCAGAGGUCUGCUAGUCAGGCACCGGAGCCUCGAGGGUCAAGUGCAACUGGAGCCUCUACCAAUUCGGCCAGCAGUCCGGGUGGGGGCUCUGGAGGUGGUGGCUCAGCAGCAAAGCAGCGAUUACGAUGGACGCCUGAGCUGCACGACCGUUUUGUGGAUGCCGUAACUCAGUUGGGCGGCCCUGAUCGGGCAACUCCGAAAGGGGUCUUGAGAGUUAUGGGCGUGCAAGGCCUAACUAUUUAUCAUGUGAAGAGUCACUUACAGAAAUAUCGUCUUGCAAAGUAUAUUCCUGAGUCUUCGUCAGAUGGAGGAAAGUCAGAGAAGAAAAACCCGGCUGAUGUCCUUCCUACUUUGGAUGCAACUUCGGGGAUUCAGAUUACUGAGGCUUUACGCAUGCAAAUGGAAGUACAGAAGCGAUUGCAUGAGCAGCUUGAGGUGCAACGGCAUUUACAGCUACGGAUUGAGGCACAAGGGAAGUACCUCCAAAAAAUUAUCGAAGAGCAGCAAAGAAUUGGUUCUAUUACUAAUCUUCAGGGUACUACUGAAACUGGGGCUCCCGCAGCAGAAGAGGCGAAUCAAAGACAGGUGGUGUCGGUUGUUGAUGCCAAGCCAAAGCUUCCCUUAGCGCCUGUUACAACAAGUGAGACCCCUACUUCCAAUAGCGCUGCUACUGCGCCCGUGUCUAGCAGCGGCUUGGGACUCCCUCAGGCGGCUAUCCUCCUCUCGCAGCAGCUUUCAGAGAAUCAGUAUGCGUAUGGCACUUUCAUGAACCCACCUUUGCCCGAAGGCUCGCCUGUUCAGGGUCCAUCUAAACGGAUUCGAAUAGAGGAUGGAGCGGGCCAACCUCAGACUGGACAACUAGCAACUCAGCAAGGUCCAGGGAUUCCUCAACCAGGACAAACCCAGGGCUGUGUGAGUGGAGCUUUCCACCCCACUCAGUCCGACUUUCAGUCUGGUGCGACUUUUUCUCCUCGUCAGAAUGGAGGAUCUUAUACUCAAGACCCUCUGAAUCAACAAUCAUUUCCACAACUCCCUCCCCAGGCGGUCUUCGGUAACCAAGCUUUUCUGCCAGCAAACAAUACAAGUACUCCUGUGAAUGCUCAGGUGCAAGGUACAGGAGCACAGGCUACGUCAGAUCGUUGCACAUCUGGAAGUACACGUCAACAUCCAGAGGUUUCAGGCGAACUAGAUACAGGGGCUUUCCUGAAUAAUGACAGAAAAGCCUCUCUACUACCGUCUGAUGGUGAUCGAGGAGACAGAAGCUCUGCCCCUUUGCCUCAGGCUGGUAUGUACGAACAGUGGGAUCAUGUCAACAGAGGUGGCCAACUAUUUCAUGAGAAUGGCUAAGUUGAAAAGACUUGCACAACAUGGAAAUUGGUGAGCCAACUAUUGAUCGAAGGAUGUCUGCUGUAAACUUUAGCAGUCCAACGUACAGAGUAGCUGUCCAGUAUUUUUUAUUUUUUAUUUUUUAUUUUUUUCCGGCUAAUCACUUGUUCCAUUCUUACAUCUUUCACCUGUCUGAACCCUAUUUGUUUCGAAGAAGUGGCAGCUCGUGUGAAGAAAUCUGGAAGCAGUUUUCUUUAAUCUAAAGAUAGACGUAUGUACAUGUCCUGGAAGCUCUGACACCGGCUGGUUGGAAGUACACAAAUCCUGUAACCUGGAGAUGUAUGACAUAAAGUAUAUCAGAGGUCCAAAACUUGCUGAUCCAAACUUCUGUCUUAUGCA